UGAUGCUAUAGUGAGCGCCGUUUAGCUGAUCAUUUUGGUGGGAAGCUUCAUUUAGGAUACAUGCUAGUCCGGGACAAAUUAACUGAGCUUCUGGAUGAGAAGGCCAAUUUACGCAAUGAAAGAUCUAAGGAACGGAACAGUAAGGAGAGGGAAUCAAGUAAAGACCGAGAGAAAGAGCGAGGAUCUAGUCAUGAACGUCGAAGAGAUUAUGAUCGCAGGAGUAGAGAUCGAGAUAGGCACCAUGACCGUGAUCGUGAACAAGACAAGGACUAUGAUCGGUCAAACUCAAGAAGCAGACGUAGGUCACGCUCACGGUCCAGGUCCAGAGACAGACCUAGGGACUAUGAUCGCCACAGGCGUCACAACCGAUACUAGAUCGGUCUUGCUGUCUAACAGGGUUUACAAGUUACAAAUGGUUUUAGGAUCCAUCACCGAAACUUUUUUUGUCUACAUGUAUGUUGCUAAAGUUUGGUAGAUGAGCUUUGAGAAAAAUUUCACAUCUUUUUCUUUUACCACCAACUAAAGACUUGAAAGAAGCAUGAAAAUGUUUUUAUAUAAACAGUUAGCUCUCUCAUCUGAGAAGCGUGUAUUACAUACAACAACACUAUUAUUGAA